AUGAUUAUCAUUUAUACCCUGACUUUCUUCAUUAUUUUUCUGACAUACUUUUUACUUAUUAGGAAAUAACAAAAACUCAAGCUAGAUUCAAAUAAGACUGUUUUGAUUACAGGAGGAUGCAUGGGAAUUGGAAAAUAAAUGUGUAAAUUAUUGGCAAUGAAGAAAUGCAAGAUUAUUGUCUUAGACAUUAGAAAGGAUCUUGCUGCUGAUCUUAAAAAUACUAUUGAACAAUAUGGAAGUACUCUAUAAUUUUAUGAAUGUGAUCUAUCGAAUUAAGAACAGAUCAUAGAAACUAUUAAUUAAAUCAAUGAACCAAUCCAUAUCUUAAUCAAUAAUGCUGGAGUAGCUAAACUGAAACUAUUCACAGAAUAAUCAUUUCAAGAUCUUUAGUUGACUCAUGCAGUUAAUUAUCUUGCCCCAGUUCUCCUAAGCAAAUUACUUAUUCCUAAAAUGGAAGCACAAAAAUUUGGACAUAUCGUCAAUGUAGGAUCUGUAUUAUCUAUUAUAACCGGAUUAAAAGUAACAGCAUAUUGUGCCUCCAAACAUGCUCUACUAGGUUUUCAUAAUAGUUUGAGAGUUGAAUUGAAAUUGAAAAAAAGUCCUAUCAAAUGCACAUUUAUUGCUCCUUGGGCAAUCAAUACAGGUAUGUUUAAAGGAGUUAAAUCUAAAAUUGAUUUUCUAUUGCCAGAGUUAAAAGAAGAAAGAGUUGCCAUAGAAAUCAUUGAUGCAAUUGAAAAUUAAAAAGAUGUCCAUUCCAUUCCUUCUUUUUAUUGGCUAUUAUCAAAUUUAAUCAGAUUCUUACCUCACCCAGUCGCAGAUUAUAUUGUAGUAAAGGCAUAGGGUCCCUACAUAUCCGAAAUGGUUGGUAGAAACUAAUGA